GAGCUGUGCAAGCACAUGGUGUUCCAGCAGUGCCAGCAGGGCGAGGACGUGUUCCGGCCGGGCCAGCCCGACUCCAGCAUCUAUGUCCUGCAGGAGGGGAAACUGGAGCUGCUGCUCACCGAGCCGGAUGGGAAGGAGACAGUGAUGAAGGAGGUGUUCCCUGGGGACAGCGUGCACAGCCUGCUCAGCAUCCUGGAUGUCAUCACGGGCCACCAGCGGCCGUACCGGACGGUGUGCGCCCGCGCGGCCGUGGACUCCACCGUGCUGCGCCUGCCGGUCGAGGCCUUCUCAGCCGUGUUUGAGAAGUACCCCGAGAGCCUGGUCCGGGUGGUGCAGGACCCCCCCUCAGGUAUUCAGAAGGGUCCCCGCUCUGACUUCGACAUGGCCUACGAGCGYGGCCGCAUCUCGGUGUCGCUGCAGGAGGACAGCACCGGUGCCUUCGGGCAGCCAGCGCCGCAGGAGCCCAAGGAGCGCAAGUCGGUGACGCUGGAGGAGCAGCCGUCGGGGAUUUACCGCUACAGCUGCUGCGAGGAGGACACGGGGACAGGGACGGGGACAGGGACAGGGACAGGACCGGGUCCCUUCGGGCUCUUCCAGGGCCGCCAGAGCGGGGACAUCUUUGAGGAGGCCAAGAGGGAGCUCAUCAAACUCAUGAAAAUCGAG